AUGAUCUUCAGUAACUUAGCUAUUCGACAAGAUAUAAACGUGCCUGGUACCACUGUGCUGGUUGACCAUGAUCCGGGCUCCCUAGGCCUAAAAAGCAGUGACGAGGUUGUUUUGAUACCACAGCCAUCAUCUGAUCCGAAUGAUCCGUUGAACUGGAGCAUGUGGAGAAAGCAGUUACAUUUUUGGAUUUUGUUUGUGUUCGCUUUGGUGUUGGCUGCGAGCUCAAACUUUCAGGGUCCUUUGUACAAAGGUCUAUCAGAAAUUUACGAUCGUACGCUCAACCAACUAAACGCUGGCCUUGGAACCACCUCCUUAUUUUUGGCUUUCAGUUGUCUCCUCUGCCAACCAAUUGCAGCAAGAUUUGGUCGAAGAAUAGUGUAUCUGUCUGCAACUUUGCUUUCCUUACUUUCCGGGAUAGUUUUCUCUGGGGCGUUUUCUUAUGGCGGAUAUAUUGGCAACGCCGUCUUGAUGGGAAUUGCCGCAGGACCCAUCGACUCGCUGGUUGAAGUUUCCAUAACAGAUAUCUUUUUCCUUCACCAACAUGGAAAAUAUGUUGCAAUAUACGCUCUUACGCUGGGAUGGGGCUCUGCAUUUGGGCCUUUCAUUGCUGGUUAUGUUGCAGAAAACCUUUCCAUUAAGUGGUGUGGAUGGCUCAUUGCAAUCAUAUCAGGAGCAUUGCUUGUUGUUGAGCUACCAUUCCUUGAGGAAUCUGUGUUCCAACGAGAAAUUGAUCCCCAGGUUGAGGAAAGGUUGCUGGAAGCUGCGCACUCAAAUGUACACGACGAAACUGUGAGCACGCGUAAGUUGGAGGUUAAUAUUGUUGUUAAUCCCGUGACCGGUGUUAAACCUUUCAAAAAUAGGCUGUCACUCUGGAAAACUACACCAAGCAAGAGACCGAUAUGGAAUGAUGUUAUUGAUCCAAUCAAAACACUUCGCCACCCCGCUGUACUCUGGGUUGCACUUGCGUAUGGAAUACAGAUUUGCUGGCUGUCUCUGAUCACGGUCACUGAAUCUGAGUUUUUCAUGGCACCACCGUACAACUUUGGAUCAGAUACCCUUGGGCUGCUCAAUCUGGCUAUGGUUAUUGGAAGCACCAUCAGUGCUGUGUACUCUUCUCUGUCCGAUAAGUUUCAAAUCUGGAUGACCAAGGCAAACAAGGGAAUCUUUGAGCCCGAAUUCCGACUACUUAUGAUCUCUAUUCCAUUGGCUCUGAACAUUGCUGGUAUAUUCAUGUACGGAUUGGGCCCUUACUACAAGGACUCCUGGGUUGUGGGUGCACUAGGAAUUGUGUUCAUUUCAGUUGGGUUGGGAAGCAUCACGUCCUUAACACUGACUUAUGUUAUUGAAUGUUAUCCCCAAGAGGUCGGAGACUCUAUGUCCGCAAUUUUGUUUGUCAGAAACCUCAUUAGUGCGCUUUUUGCCUGGGUUUUCCAGUACUGGCUUUCAGGUGUGGGAGUGCUAGGAACUACCAUCAUGUUGGCAGUUUUCUGCGUUGUAAUCAACGGAUUCUUUAUUGUUUUCUUUAUUUGGGGCAAGAAUUUCCGCAAAUGGUCCCACAAAUGUUAG